AUGGUUAGUAGUAACAAGAUCUUCACAUUGGUCGUGGCUGUCGUGGCAGUUUCGAAUGGAGUUCGCGCGGAAGAACAAGCUGCUCAAACGUUCGGCAUGUUCGGCGGUGGGUUUCCGGGCAUGGGGGGUGGAUUCCCUGGCAUGGGAGGUGGCAUGGGAGGCAUGGGUGGCGGCCUCUCUAGCCUCACGAAGAUGAUCCCCGGCAUGGGUGGCGGCAUGGGUGGUGGCCUCCCCGGCAUGGGUGGCGGCAUGGGUGGAAUGAGCGGUGGUCUCUCCAGUCUCACCAAGAUGAUCCCAGGCAUGGGAGGCAUGGGCGGUGGUACCUCUGGCACGAGUGGAGGGGGUCUGUCGAGCCUCAGUAACAUGAUUCCUGGUAUGAGCGGCAUGAGCGGUGGCGCCAGCAAAACGAGCACAAGCACCGGUACUGGCAUGAGCGGGCCAGGCACAGUUCAUGCACCUAGCAUGGGUACUAUGGGCAUGGGAACUGGUGCUACAACUGUUGGAAAUGGAGCUGCAGGGGCGACUGGAACUACGGCUGCAACUGGAGCAACCGGAGGCACCGGUACCACGGGCACAACCGGGACUGGAACCACAGGGACUGGAACCACAGGGACUGGAACCACCAGCACCGGAGCCACAGGAGGUGCAGGUCAGACGUAUCGGCGUAAUCUUCGCUCGGAUUGA